CACCCAGAGAGAGAGAGAGAGACCUCGGGAGUACAUGAAGCCGACUGACAACCUCAGGCUCUGCUCACCACAUAAAAGUCGGUCUACGUUAGGUAACAAUGAGUACCUCGGAGUCAUUGGAUCGAAUGGAACUCUGUGAAAGCCUCCUGACAUGGAUCCAGACCUUUGGAGUGGAGGCUCCAUGCAAGACAGUGGAAGACCUGACGAGUGGUAUCGUCAUGGCCCAAGCUCUGCAGAAAAUAGACAUAGUUUAUUUUAGUGAUGCUUGGAUAAGUAGAAUCAAGCCAGAGGUCGGGGACAACUGGAGGUUAAAGGUCAGCAAUCUGAAGAAAAUCUUAAAAGGAAUGCUAGACUAUAAUCAGGAGAUCCUGGGCCAGCACAUCAACGACUUCACACUACCAGAUGUGAACCUUAUCGGAGAACACUCCGACCAAGCAGAACUCGGGAGGAUGCUACAACUUCUUCUGGGCUGUGCUGUCAACUGUGAACAGAAACAAGAAUACAUCCAGACCAUAAUGAUGAUGGAGGAGUCAGUGCAGCAUGUUGUCAUGACAGCCAUCCAAGAGCUGAUGAGUAAAGAGACUCCAGUGGCGGGAGGGAAUGACUCGUAUGUGGAUCUAGACCGACAGCUCAAGAAGACGGCAGAGGAGCUGAACGAUGCUUUGUCCACCAAGGAAGAGAUCGCUCAGAGGUGUCGGGAGCUGGACAUGCAGGCCCUCCAUGUCCAAGAGGAGCGUGAUAGGCUGAGGUUAGAGUAUAAUGAGCUAGAAGAGAGGGUCGCAGCCCUUCAAGAGGAGAAAAGCAGUUUGCUCGCAGAAAACCAGGUCCUGAUGGAGAGACUUAACCAGUCUGACUCUAUAGAGGAUAUUAACAGCCCUGCUGGACGCAGACACCUCCAGCUGCAGACACAACUGGAGCAACUACAGGAGGAGACUUUCAGGUUGGAGGCAGCGAAAGAUGACUACCGGAUCCGUUGUGAAGAGCUUGAAAAAGAACUCUUGGAUGUGAAAUCACAAAAUGAAGAGCUUACGUCCUUGGCUGAUGAGGCCCAGUCUCUCAAGGAUGAAAUGGAUGUCCUCAGGCAUUCAUCAGACCGAGUGUCAAAGCUGGAGGCAACAGUGGAACACUACAAGAAGAAACUGGAGGACAUGGGCCUUCUCAGGAGACAGAACAAGCUGCUGGAAGAGAAGAACACAGUGUUCAUGCAGACUAAUGUAGGUUUGGAAGAAGAGUUACGAAAGGCGAAUGCUACAAAGGGCCAGCUGGAGACAUACAAGAGACAGGUGGUUGAACUUCAGAACCGACUGUCAGAGGAGUCUAAAAAGGCCGACAAGAUGGAGUUUGAGUACAAACGGGUCAAAGAGAAAGUGGACUCCUUACAAAAAGAAAAAGAUCGUAUGAGGACGGAGAGAGACUCUCUGAAGGAGACUAUUGAGGAGCUGCAUUGUGUGCAAGCCCAGGAGGGACAGCUUACAUCAGGUUUGCUCCCGUUGGCGAGUAACGACGGCUCUGAUUCUUUGGCUGCUGAGAUCACCACUCCAGAGAUUAGGGAGCAUUUGAUUCGUCUUCAACAUGAGAACAAGAUGCUGAAGCUGGCCCAGGAGGGAUCAGACAAUGAGAAGAUUGCACUGCUGCAGAGUCUAUUGGAGGACGCUAACAGGAGGAAAAAUGAACUGGAGACGGAGAACAGGUUAAUAAAUCAGCGCCUGAUGGAGGAGCAGAGUCAGGUAGAGGAGCUACAGAAGAGUCUCCAAGAAGAAGGUUCUAAAGCAGACGAUUCUUCCAUCCUGAAGAAGAAAUAUGAGGAGCACAUGGAGAAACUACGAGAGCUGAACAACGAGUUACUGAAAAAGAACUCCUUCAUCGAUGAGAUUGAGCCUAAAUAUACCGCCAGCUCCCAACGCGUGGAGGAGCUGGAAGAUGCAUUAAAGAAGAAAGAUGAUGACAUGAAGCAGAUGGAGGAGAGAUAUAAGAAAUACCUGGAAAAAGCCAAAAGUGUCAUUCGGACCCUAGACCCCAAACAGAACCAGGGUUCCGGUCCAGAAGUUCAAGCCCUGAAGAACCAGCUCCAGGAGAAGGAGAGGAUGCUACACUCUUUGGAGAAAGAGAUGGACAAGACAAAGGGCCAGAGAGAUUACGAGGAGAAACUGAUCGUGUCAGCCUGGUACAAUAUGGGUAUGUCUUUUCAGAAGAAGGCGGCUGAAGACAGACUUGCCAACACCGGUUCUGGCCAGUCCUUCUUGGCCCGGCAGAGACAAGCCACCAGCACACGCCGCUCCUAUCCAGGCCACGUCCAGCCAGCUACCGCCAGAUCCAUGAGGUAGAGAUGCCAGACAAGGCUGCCCAUAUCUGUCACCACUUUUUUCCCCCUGACUAAGAUUUUUUAUUUUUUUUUACCCUCACUCCUUGGAUAUCAGGCUCCUCCCCCUUUUGCACAACCCAGCAUAUUUAACAGGGUUUGACUUGCCACUCCAAACACCCUCUCUUUUUCCCCUCAACCACUGGCCAUCCUCAGUCUGUAUUCUGUGGCAACCUUUUUUUCCCCAGACAGGUCGUGUUGAAUCUAAGGCAGAGAAGAAUCACAUCUUCCUCACAAGUGUCUGCCAUUUUUUGUUAAAAGAAUCGCUCUGCCUGUCCAUGCAGUAUUUAUGCACAUCUCUACCUGUGAUGACAUUUGAGGUUCACCUAGUUUUCGACUGUUUUAACUAUAAAAGAUGUAGCUUUAAGCAGGUGACAUCAGUUUUUAUUUACAUGUGUCCAUGUUUGAACUGUUUGUUCAACAGGGACAAAAUGUUCUUUUGCCAUUUCAUGAUGUUUUCAUCUUUAAAGUUGGAUCAAAAUCGCAAAACAAAUACAGGGAGGCAAAAGAAGAUGUAAAGUCAUUACAUAUUUUUGUUCCAUUUGCUUGCUAAUUUGUCUCCAUAGUAAAACAUGAUUUGGGGAAAACAACAGGUCACACGGAGCGACAGAGGUAUUACAGAGAAAAAGUCAAAGUAACUUCUUCAGCCAAGCUUCAGGUGGUGCAAUUUAGUUGUUAGCUGAUUCAUAUCCUAAAGAGCCCCUGUUGAGCAAAGUGAGAAUGGCAUCCAUUCACAUGUUUUUACAUUUUACCAGCAUUACCAGGUUGUCUCUGACAACACCCUAUGUGCCAUACACUUCAAUUUAAAUAGAGGUACCAAGUCGAUAAUAUCCUACCAAAACUGCAAACGUCCCUUCUCACAUGACACAGAGAAAAGUCUAGAAAGUUGCAGAGGCUUAAAUAUUCUGACUGUUGGGUUGAAAGGGAUUUAGUGUUGAUUGCCACUAAUGCCUACAGGGCGUUUAUUCGUUGUAGCUCAUUGCAGCAGACUUACUUUUUAUAUGAUUUUAGUAUCAGUAUCUAUCAAAGUAAGAUGGCUUUACCUGUUGUUACUACAAGAAGAGCCCAUUAUUGUCCACGUCUCUUUAGAGUGGAAGUUUAAAAAGGUAUGCUUGUUGCAGCUGUUCUGCCGUUUCUUCUGCUCGUUUUCCUUCUUCCAUUCUGUUAACUUUGUCGUUGUUUUAGAGGCACAUUGUGAAUGAUCUCUGACUAACGUGAUGCUCUUUUAAAAACACUCCUUUAACCCUGGUCAUUUUGUUUGCCUGUGUUUGUACACGGCGGAAACUUUAGACCUUUUUUUUUAGGCCACACCGUCUGACCAUUAUCUCUCUCUCUCUCUCUCUCCUCCCUCAACAGCAAUGUCACUGCAUGACUGGCACACCACUGACCUGGCCUGUCUUUGACCCACGCUGGUCUAGGCCGAGGCUCAUGAUGCAUGAACUACCUGCCUGCCUACUGUUUGCAUGACUUUGCAUUGUCUUGAGCCUGCAAAUAACCAGCACACCAGCAGGAGCAAUGAGCACUAACAACACUCUGCAGUGUCAUGCGUUGUAACCUUCAGACAAAGCCUGAGGAGGCACGGGGUGUGGGAAAAGAAAACCCUCAUUCCCUUUUAAAUUAAACUCCCUUUCACCUUUCCAGCUCCACACUCCUCCUCAUUGUCUCCUGCUCUUUCUUAUCCUGUCUCCUGCUCUUCUCUCCACGCCAUCGCUCCCUCCCCCUCGCUCCUCAUAGACAUACCUGCUUGUGCUUUCUGACGGCGUUCAGUCUGUUACGAUUCAAAGGUUUGUUACAACCAUCUAAGACAGCAGCAGCAUAAGUCUGUCAGUCCGGCAGUUGGAAAAAUGGGAUACCUCAUUGAUAUAUUUUCACAUAUCUGUUUUUAUUGACAUGGUUUGAGGAGGGUUGGCAUUUGUGUGAGUGAAAUGUUUGAGAGGUGUAAACCUGCGAUUCAGUCUGCAUAUCAAAAAAAAAAAAAAAAAAAAGUCGGGCCCCAUUUUUAAGCUUGUAGGUUUUUAUCUUCACGGUUCUGCUCGGCCGCUC